GACAACCCUGCAAUCGCAAAUUUGAACCGACGCUAUUUCUUCGGAACUUGAAACUUAUUUAAUUUUGUAAAGCAAAUGGAUGAGUCAGUGAGCGAAUCAGAGUUUAUUGGCAAUAUCGAACGGACUGUCCGAUCCACGCUUAUGCGAGGAGAUGGACAAUCGAUUCAUAGGGAGUUGAUCGACUACGCAACAGCCUCGUGCAGAAUGUUUUACAUACAGGACGCUUCUGCCUGGCAGGAAUGGUCAACGAAUGUCGAAGCUUUCCAGGAUAUCUCAGCUCAGGAAGCUUGUAAUAUAUUCUUGACUGAGGUUUUGCCACAACUGGACACAUAUCAGGUUCCGGACACGAUGAAGAAACGCUUUAAGCUCCUGGACCUGCAUCCCUUCUUCCGGCGCGUUGACCAAGGUUAUCAAUAUACUCCAGAUUGUGACCUAGCCGAUAGAUUCGUCCUACAUCACCACCAAGACUUCCUUCUAACUAACGAUGUUCAGAAAACCAGGGAAAUCGAGUCUGCAAAAAGAUGUCAAACUGUGCUUUUAGACAAAGAAGAAAUGGAGCAGCAGACGUGUGUUGGAUACAGAAGCAAAGUCAGUCUGGAAUCUGCGGUUCUGUUCUCGGUAUUGUUGUCCUCCGAUAUGGAACUUUCCAUUGCACAGAUGCUCGAUCUAGAUGAGAUUCACCAGCGAUUGCGACGCGCCAAACAAUCUUUUGAGGAUACUGCCAGACUAAGUCCUUACCGUAAUAACAUUGAUGACCUAAUAUUCAACGUAGAUUGCUUUGCUAAGGUGAAAUCUAAAAUUUGUCAAGCAAUGAGCGACUGUAAGAAAUAUUAAGCAACAAGUGUUUGCUUUACAGUCACAGUAAAAUAUUGAAUUUUGGUAUCAUUCUGUAUCGACUUCUGAAAUAUCGACUUUUUAAAUAUUGUACAAUGAGUGUUUUAGUAACAUAUAACUUUUUAUUUUACUUGUCCUUGAAGUUACAAAUUUAUUUAAAUAGAUAAGAUUAACUGUAAUUUAAAAUAGUGCGGAUUAUAUGAGUUUUUGAGUUUGCAGAGAGAUAUCUGACUCUGAACAUUACUGUGAAGUCUUGUCUUACAUGGAAAAGUAUUGCCCUAAUUCAAAUAAUGAAUGCGAAUUUGUUAACGCAAAAUUUUUAAUGUUUAUCUGUUUUUUUAUUUGUUCUGUGCUCAUAAUUUAUGAACAACAUUUAACAGGAAUAUUCUCUGUUCCAUCUCUUCUUUCGGACUAGAAUCACUGGAUUGUUUUGUACGAUUUUAAUCUGCCAGAUAUCUCUCAAUUCCGACGGUUUUAUUUGCCGCAAAACAUUAAUAUGUUUUUAAUCUCUUUUUCCAACAAAACAUUCCCUCUCCAAAUUAUGAAAAGUAAUUGCUAUUAAUUUUAUUAAAUCCGGUGUAAAAAUAAAUUUUCAGAUAAUAAA